AUUUAUUGCAUUUGCGGUCGUCUUUUACUCUUUUAGUCUUUUAUGCCCUUCUCUCUCUCUACAUCUCUCUCUCUCUCUCUCACACACACACACACACUCGUGUUUUAUGCCAUCCCGAGUUUACCCCCUACGGCUCCAAUUUCGGAGCAGUUCGUCUACAGAGAAAUUAAUUUGCUCUUUCUAUAUUUAAUUAAUUAAAUUAAUUAAUUAAAUAUCUUCAAUUCGUGAAAAAUUGGGGCAAACAGUUAUUGCUAUUUGCUGUGAAAUUACAGAUUUCAUUUUUCGCGAAAAAAAAUGUCGAAAUCGCCAUGGGGAAACGUCGGGAACUGGGCCGCCGAGGCGGAGCGCGCCGAGGCCGAGGAGCGCGAAGCCGCCGAGAAGGAGGCCGCCGCCGCCGCCGCCGCCCAAUCGACGCCCAGCUUCCCCAGCCUGAAGGAAGCCGUCACCACCGCCACGAAGCAGAAGAAAAAGACCAAAAUGACCCUUCACGAGUUCCGGACCCAGGAUUCCCCCUAUUCCGGCUCGGCUCCGAGCCGCGGCCUCACGCCCGACGAAAUGUUCCGGCUCCCCACCCGCCCUAAGGAGCGCUCCCCCGACGAAAUGCAGCACGGCAGAUUGGGCGGCGGGUUUUCAAAUUACGGAACCCGAUCCGCAGGCCCCAACCAGGGCCGCGACCAGCAGCAGUACGAUGGUCGGAGAUCUUACGGAUUUCAGGAAGAUGAACGCCGUGGUGGCCCGCCUCAACCUAGGAUUCCGGAAAUGAAUCAACCCUCGCGUGCCGAUGAGGUUGAUAAUUGGGCUUCCAUGAAGAAACCAAUCGUACCCGAGUUCAAUUCGGGUCAAGCCCGACCCGGGGGUAAGUACAGCUCACUCGGCGCAGGGGGAAGCCCUGGAGCUGGUUCACGGGCCGAUGAGGUGGACAGCUGGGCGUCUGCUAAGAAACCAAUUCCUCAACCACACCAACAAGGCAGUAGGUCGUCAAGCUUCGGUUCGGGCUACUCCAGGCCCGAGUCUGAUCGUUGGACUCGAAACGAACAAAGAUCGGUUUUGGAUUCUCCUAAAAUAGAAGCUGAUGUGGUGGUGAAAGUUAACAAGCCUAAUCCGUUUGGGGCUGCUAGGCCGAGGGAGGAGGUGUUGGCGGAGAAGGGAUUGGAUUGGAAGAAGAUGGAUUUGGAGACUGAAGGGAAGAAGCCCGCCAGUUCGCAGUCGAGUAGGCCGGAGAGUCCAGUUUUGACGGCAGGAGAGGGUGAAGUUGCAGUGAAGCAAAAACCGAAGGUGAAUCCAUUUGGAGAUGCUAAACCUAGGGAAGUUUUGCUUCAGGAGAAAGGCUUGGAUUGGAAGAAGAUUGAUCUUGAAUUGGAGCAUCGUCGAGUUGAGAGGUCUGAGACAGAGGAAGAAAGAAAGUUGAAGGAAGAAAUCGAACAGUUGAAAAAGGAACUCCUGCUUAAAUCUGACGACGACCAAACCACUAUAAACGAUCUUAUACUCCAAAAGGAGCGAGAAUUGGAACUAUUGGUCCUUCAAUUGGACGACAAAAUCCGAUACACUCAGAAAAAUUUCGAGAGACAAGGUUCUGCUGCAGGUGGAGCAUACGAGAAUCCUAGAGCCGCUUUGGAUCGACCUCCAUCACAGGGUGAAAGGCCUCCGUCUCGACAUGGAGCAUAUGAAGACCCUCACUCUCGGCCUGGCUCUCGUGAUAGACCCCGUUCCAGGCCCGGACCAGCCUAUGAUGAGUCUAGAGGAGGUAACUUCCCUCAAAGAUCUUCUUCUUUCACCACUGGAGCAUAUCAAGAUCCUAACAGAGGUGUUGACUUUGUUGAGAGGCCUCGUUCGCGUGGCACUGUUAAUUCAUGGGCAAGACCGAGUGACGACACAAGGGCUACUCAAGGUGGUGGUGGAAGAGGAUUUUUUGGCAGCAGAGAUGUCGAUAGGUCAGGUUCAAGGUGGUGAACAACAGCAUUGACUGACAACUGUGGAUUCUUCGAGUUCUCUUUUUGGUUUUUCGUCCGCGUAGUUAGAGACUACAAUAACGCACCGGCAUCCCCUUGUAUUUUGUUUUGUUAUAAUUUUGGUGUGAGGAGGAUAUAUAAAAUCUACUAGCAUUUGUUGAAUGCUGCUGGCAUAAAGGAAAACUGUUGCCUUAAUUGUUGCAUAUUGAUCAUAAUUUGUAAAAAUUGUUUCUCUCACUAGGAUCUUAUAUUUUUGUAUUGUUUGUUCUAAUUAGGUACUUCAAUGUAAUGCAAUGCACACAUUGUCUUAAAUCUUUAUUUUUUGUUUUGAC